UUAGAGUAGUUAGCUGGUUUAGGGGGGCGGAGGCUCCGUGGGGUACCACGUGGGUUUUGCUGCGGGGCCUGAGUGUCGUGCGGGCGUGCAGUUUAGAUCCGAUUGGAAUUCUCUCCGUGAAGAUGAGGAAAGAAACCCCGACACCUUUAGUGCCCCCGGCGACCCGCGAAUGGAACCUUCCCCCCAAUGCACCGGCCUGUAUGGAGCGCCAGUUGGAGGCUGCGCGGUACCGGUCGGACGGGGCGCUUCUGCUCGGCGUCUCCAGCCUGAGCGGCCGCUGCUGGGCUGGCUCCCUGUGGCUCUUCAAGGACCCCUGUGCCGCCCCCAACGAAGGCUUCUGUUCUGCUGGAGUCCAGACGGAGGCCGGAGUGGCCGACCUCACUUGGGUGGGAGACAAAGGUGUCCUGGUGGCUUCUGAUUCAGGUGCUGUUGAAUUGUGGGAGCUGGAUGAGAACGAGACACUCAUUGUUAGCAAAUUCUGCAAGUAUGAGCAUGAUGACAUCGUGUCUACAGUUAGUGCUUUCAGCUCUGGCACACAGGCAGUCAGCGGUAGCAAGGAUUUCUGCAUCAAAAUUUGGGACCUUGCUCAGCAGAUGGUACUGAAUUCAUACCGGGCUCAUUCGGGACAGGUUACCUGUGUUGCUGCCUCUCCCCACAAGGACUCCGUAUUUCUUUCAUGCAGUGAGGACAGUAGGAUUUUACUCUGGGAUACCCGCUGCCCCAAGCCAGCAUCACAAAUGGGUUGCAGUUCUUCUGGCUACCUUCCUACCUCAUUGGCUUGGCAUCCUCAGCAGAGUGAAGUCUUUGUCUUUGGUGAUGAGAAUGGAGUUGUCUCCCUUGUGGAUACUAAGAGUACAAGCUGUGCCCUCAGCUCAGCUGUACACACCCAAAGUGUCACUAGGCUGGUCUUCUCCCCACACAGUGUUCCUUUCCUGGCCUCUGUCAGUGAAGACUGCUCAACUGCUGUGCUGGACUCGGGAUUUUCUGAAGUGUUUAGAAGCCAAGCUCACAGAGACUUUGUGAGAGAUGCUACCUGGUCCCCGCUCAAUCACUCCCUCUUUACCACAGUGGGCUGGGACCAUCAGGUCAUCCACCAUAUUCUGCCCACAGAACCUCUCCCAGCUGCUGGAUCUAAGAGUGUUACGGAAUAGAUUGGUGACAAAAACCAAAUCCCACUUGAGUGUCCACUCCCUUUGCCCUUGCCCUUGGUUUAUGAGACGAUGCAGGAGCCUUACACAGUACGUUGGGACAUUAGGUUUGUGCAGUUAAAUAGGCAUUGUCUCUGCCUAGGGCAGUUGUAGUCAGAAGGAAGAAAAUGAUUUAAGUAUCUGAAUAUGUGUGUAAAUACAUAGUUUUGGUGGUGAUGGUGGUGGGGACAAUAAAAAAUCCAUACCACAUUUUCCCCAGUAUCCAUCCCCUCACCCACCAAAAAGGGGUACAUGCUUCCCAUGUACCUGUCCAUGAGGAAAUCAGCCAUGUCUGGAUGAAUCUUGUAGCAAACAUGUAAGCAAACAUCUUUGAAUUUGUGGAAGCAGUUUAUAUAUUAUUCCUAGAGAUAUGAGCUACUUUAUUUUUAUAAAGCUUAAUUUUCUUUAUUUUGAGUAAUGCUUCCAUUCACAAAGACUCAUUCCAGCUUAUUUUGAAGAAUAACAAGAACACUCUCAUCAUAGUUUAGCAUAUCUCUUUGCAAUUAAAUUGAAUCUGAAGUGUAUUUUCUGAUUUAGUAAAAAGUCUGGCUGACCUGUGUGGUUAAUGCCCACACUCCAUAUCCCCAGAAUACCACUAUGGAGUUGUAUAUAUGAGAGAUGAGUGUUCUUCUAGAUGGCAUAGAAAAAAAAGUGUCCAGUUCAUAGAAAGCUUAAAGACAUCUCAGAAAGUUACAUGUACCUACAAAGAAAUGUCUGCUGCUUUUUCUACCAGAAAACAACCUAGAUCCUAACCUCUCCUGCCUCGGCCCCUUUUGUUAUAGGAAGUUCGUUGUUUUUGUGGACUCUGAAGGUUUUAAAAUGCAACAUCAGAGAAUCAGAAAUACUGGUUGAUGAAAUAAAAAGUUUAAACCUUUUUGGCCUGUCCUUUGAA